AAUUAAUUAGAUUGUUUUGAGAAAACUGAUACACAAAUCUACCAACCAUGCAGAAUAAAAGCUGCUCUGUAUACUUGUUAACUGUAACGAUUAUAUUGGUCGGAUGCAAGUCCAUCACCGCUGCUCCACCUGGUGAUGGGCCGUCACGAGAUUCCCGUUACAUUGCGUCGGAUAAUAACCAGUACAAUUAUCUCGGCAACAGCCGUACAGCCAACUUCUCGGUCGACACCUUCCAGUCUCCGACCGGCCUGGGCCUGGAUGCCCAUAUUCCUCCCCUCCCCAACGACGUCAUGCAAGAAACGGGGAAGACGAUCGCGGAGGGCAUGGACGUGUUCCAGGAUGCUCUGACUAAGUUCCUCGGCACCCUUUUCGGAACCGUGAAGGCGCUGAGUAAGAAUCCACAAAAGAGUAUCAACGUUAUCAACUCCGUCAUCGGGGCGGUUAAUGCCGCCAGUGAUGACUAUCUCACCGCCGGCACCAGCAUUGUGAAUGGUUUCGAUCAAGCUGUCAUUAAAAACCGCAACAUAAGCAACUUGUUUGAUCCUGCACGUCCCUAAAAUUGUUAUACUUGGUUUUAAUUUGCGCGUGAAGAUGCUGGAAUUUAUUAUGAAUAAACAAAUGGCUGGUUGCUAAAA